UUGCAGGUGUUUUCACUUCAUUAGCUUCACAAUAUUCUUAUUUUCGGAGAUACUGAAUUUGGGGUUGUAAUCACCCAAAUUAAAAGAAAUAAAGGCUUGAAAUGUAUCACUGUGUGUUACAACGCACAGUGAUACAUAUAAUAUAUGAGUUUCACUUUUUUGUUAUGGAAUUACUGAAACAGAUGAACUUUUCAAUGAUAUUCUAAUUCAGUGAGAUGCACCUGUACUGCAGGAUAACGCAUGUAUAAGACGUAUAACCCUAGCACACUGUUGCAACACUACGAUAAUACAAAGUAUGACAGUUACAUCGUUAUUAUUUGAUAUAAAUCUCCAUUCCUCAACAUAUCUCAGUCAACACUGCAACAAAACAUUGUAAUCUCUCUACCCACUCCCAUCGAAGUCUCCUGCUUCCCACAUUCCUCAGGUGGCACUGUGCGUGUGCGUGUGUGUGUGAGAGAGAGAGAGAGAGAGAGAGAGAGAGCAGCACUUUGGCCUCCAGCAGUUACAUUGUGUAAUGCUGGCUCUGCGAGUCGGUCUGACUUCCUGAAGAAUAGUUUAAUCUUCCCCGUUUUAUCUCCGAGUUUCCCCCCCUGCGUGUCCCAUGGCAAAGGAUGCCGUUAGCGUGGAGCUGGAGUGCACCCGGAACCCGGAGUACCGGGACGUGGACGGCGGGUCGGUGGCGGACAACGUCCCGGAGGAGCCCGAGGGGAAGCCCUACGCGGACGCGGAGUACACGCAGAUCCAGCCGUACGCCGGGAUGCCCAAGGAGGUGCUGCUGCUGCACUCCUCCAAGGCCCGGUACCGGGUGACCCGAGAGAUCCUCUUCUGGCUGAUGGUGGCGUGCACCCUGGCGCUGGUGACGCUCACCGUCACGGUGAUCGCGCUGUCCCCGCGCUGCCUGAACUGGUGGCAGGUGUCCCCGGUGUACCAGGUGUACCUCCAGUCCUUCAGCGACUCUGACGGGGACGGGGUCGGAGACCUGAAAGGACUCCAUGAGCAGCUGGAUCACUUCCAGUACCUGAACAUCAAGUCGGUGUGGCUCAGUCCUUUCUACCGCUCUCCCAUGAGGGACUCUGGCUACGAUGUGGAAGAUUUCGGGGCCAUCGACCCGCUCUUUGGAACCAUGAAUGAUUUUGAGGAGCUUCUGGCUAAAAUGCACAGCAUAGGUUUGAAGCUGAUCAUGGAUUUCAUUCCCAAUCACACCAGCGACCGUCACCGCUGGUUCAACUUAAGCCGGGCGACAGAUCCUCACUACAAGGACUACUACGUCUGGAGCGACUGCAACGGCUCCGCGCCGAGGCCUAAUAAUUGGCUGAGUGUGUUUGGGGGAUCGGCGUGGACUUACGAUGAAGUGAGAGGACAAUGCUACCUGCACCAGUUCUUCAAGGAGCAACCAGAGCUGAACUUCAGGAACCCACAUGUCCGCAAAGAGAUGACCGAUAUCAUUCAUUUCUGGCUGGGGAAGGGAGUGGACGGGUUCCGGAUGGGUUCAGUGAAGCACCUCCUGGAGGCCGCACACCUGAGGGAUGAACCACAGGUGGACCCAAACAAAGCACCAGAGACCGUGGUCUCUGAGGGGGACCUCUACCACGACCACACCAUCAGUCAGCUGGGCCUGCACGACCUGCUGAGGGACUGGAGGGCUCAGAUGGAGGCCUACAGCCGGGAGCCUGGCCGAUACAGGUUCAUGGUGACGGAGUCUUAUGAUUACAAGGAGGUGGACAAGACCAUGAUGUACUAUGGCACCUCGCUGGUUAAAGAAAGUGACUUCCCCUUCAACUUUUACCUGCUGGACCUGCCUCAGAAUACCAGCGGCUUGUGGGUUCAACAUCUGGUCCAGCUGUGGAUGGACAACAUGCCCGAGGGACAAUGGGCCAACUGGCUGGUUGGGAACCAUGACCAGCCUCGCAUUGCCUCCACCGCUGGUCAGCCCUACAUCCGUGUCAUCAACAUGCUGCUGCUGACCCUCCCAGGCACGCCCACCACUUACUACGGCGAGGAGAUCGGCAUGGAGAACAUUAACGUCACAGACAGUCAGGCACAGGACCCUGCUGGCAAAUACAAUGCGAGCGCCAGUCGGGACCCUCAGCGGUCUCCAAUGCAGUGGAGUGGAGACAUGAACGCAGGCUUUAACAACAAAACCAACACCACCUGGCUGCCUGUACACCCGGACUACAGCAGCAUCAACGUGGAGGUACAGAACGCUUUCAAUGCUGUUUACCUCUCAAGAAACAUCUGGCCCUGUUUAUACAUCGAGUAUCCCCCUCGCCCCCCCUUUCUCUUCCAGGUCCAGAAGGAAGAUGAAGGGUCUGUUCUGGCUCAGUACCGCUUCCUAAACACGCUGCGUCAGUCAGAGCUCACCCUUCAACGUGGGUGGUUCUGCUCCGUCCACUCCGAUGCCAACGUCUUCUCUUACCUCCGGGAGCUGGACGGGCUCGACCGAGCGUUCCUCAUGGUGCUUAACUUUGGUAAAGAACCUGCCGUCACAGAUCUGUCCUCUGUUGCCGGGCUUCCGGACCAGUUGACGGUGCUGAAGAGCACAAACCAAGUGAGCGACGGCAAGGCGGUACAAAAGUCUCGUAUCCUGACGGAGGCAGGGGAGGGUUUGGUGAUUCAGUACUCCACCGACACUCGGUUUCAUCCAAACCACCUGGAACAGUGCUACGUCUCUGAGAAGGCCUGCUAUUUGAGUUUCGUGGAUAUACUUUAUAAAUGCUAAU